GCAGCCAGUCCGGUCCCGACAGAGUUCACAGCAUAUAUUGGUGGAUUCUUGUCCAUAGUGCAUCUGCUUUAAGAAUUAACGAAAGCAGAGUCAAGACAGUAAGGAUUCAAAGCAUUCGCCCAAAAUGAAUCUUGGUGUCUUUACGCUCCUCUGGGCACUAAUAAGUGGUGCCAGCAGCCAAGAUUACUACGAGUAUGAUCAAUACUUCCCGCUGUCGAUGUAUGGGCGGUCUCCCAUCUGCGCCCCGGAGUGCAACUGCCCAGGAAACUACCCCUCCGCCAUGUACUGCGAUGAGCUGAAACUGAAAAGCGUGCCCAUGGUGCCCCCUGGAAUCAAGUACCUUUACCUGAGGCAUAACCAGAUUGACCAUAUUAAUGAAAAGGCCUUUGAAAAUGUAACCGCUGACCUCCAGUGGCUCAUUCUAGACCACAACCUUCUAGAGAAUUCCAAGAUCAAAGGAAAAAUUUUCUCUAAACUGAAACAACUGAAGAAGCUGCAUAUCAAUUACAACAACCUGACGGAAUCUGUGGGCCCACUCCCCAAAACUCUGGUGGACCUGCAACUUACUAAUAAUAAGAUCACCAAGCUUGGCUCCUUGGAAGGACUGGUGAACCUGACCUUCAUCCACCUUCAACACAAUCAACUGAAAGAUGACGGCAUUUCGGCUGCUUUUAAAGGUCUUAAGUCACUGGAGUACCUUGACUUGAGCUUCAAUCAGAUGACCAAACUGCCUUCUAGUCUCCCUACUUCUCUUCUAACUCUCUACCUAGACAACAAUAAGAUCAACAACAUUCCCGAUGAGUAUUUCAAGGGUUUUAAGGGACUGCAGUACCUGCGUUUAUCUCAUAAUGACCUGGCUGAUAGCGGAAUCCCUGGAAAUGCGUUUAAUGUAUCAUCUCUACUUGAGCUGGAUCUCUCCUAUAAUAAGCUGAAAAGCAUCCCCACUGUCAAUGAAAACCUUGAAAACUAUUACCUGGAGGUCAAUAAGCUUGAAAAAUUUGAUGUAAAGAGCUUCUGUAAGAUCCUGGGACCAUUAUCCUACUCCAAGAUCAAGCAUUUGCGUUUGGAUGGCAAUAAUAUCUCCCAGACUGAUCUGCCGCCUGAUAUGUAUGAAUGUCUACGUGUUGCAAAUGAAAUUACCCUUAAUUGAGAUCUGCUCAUUUCAAUUAUAUGGAGGUAUAUCCUGGAGCAACAUUGUAUGGUUAUAUAUUUUUGUGUUGGUUUUUAGGGUGUUCAUUUUUAUUGUUGUUGAUUACUUCCAUGAAUUUAAAAUUCCGAGAGAAAAUGUUUUGUAAACAUUUUAUUACUUUUUUAAACAGAAAAGAUGAAAAGCAGGCCUAUUUCAUCACAAGCAAAGACACAUACUCAUAUACAACAAACUUAAUGCUUUAUUUGUAAAUUUAGUGUAUUUUACAUCUCUCUCAUCAAAUAAUGUGCAAAGCCUUUCACUGGUCGCAUGGAAAUCAGCGACCAGUAAUCUUAACUUAGUCUGCCCCAAAGCAUGGACUACACACCUAAGGAUGUUUACUGCCUUGAAUCAAAUUAUCUUAAUAUGUCCAAAUUUGUUUAGCUGCACAGCAGGUGAUAAAUUUUGAGACCAAUGAUUGUGUGAAAUACUAAAUAAAAUUCAUGAAGCAUGCAUUUAAAGCAGAAUUCUUAGUAUUAGGAAUGUAUAUGGUUACCUAGAGAAACUUUUCUAGAAUUAUUUUUCACUUUAAAUCAUG